GUGCAGGCGGUGGAGGUGGCGCCAAAGACAAGGGCAAGCAUGCGGGCAAGGGUCAGGGGCCGGUCCCCCUAUGUCAGCUGUCAGCCGAGGACUUCGCACAGCUGCCUUUGCUGUGCGAGAAGUUGGGCGAUCGUCAAGGAGCUGCAGCGCACCGCCAGGCGACGAAGGCGCUGCCCGAGCCGAAGAGCGCGCUGGAACCAGACCAAGCUCAGCUGAACAAGGUGGAGUAUCAGCAAUUGCAGUUUGUGCGGCACCUUCAUGAUGCCAUCCCGUCCGAGCCGAAGUCUGGGCACAUGCUACCGGUGCUGCUGAAUGAA